CUCACUCUUCUGUCACCAUUUAUUUCUACCAUUUAAAACCCACAUUGAAAAUCUCCUUCCCUCUCCCCAUUUGACCUGCAGAUUCAUUUUACAAGUGAAGAAAAAAAAAAUAGAGGUAAAUUAUAGUCUCCAUCAAAGCCUGAAAAUCUUUUGGUCUUGGAUUUGUUUGUUGGUAUCACAUGGAAUUCUUCAUAUUACAUGACUCAUUCUGAAAGUUGCAUUCUUGGGGUGAGUUUUCUCAAAUUUUCCUUAGAAAAGAUGGGGUCACUUUUCCUGGGAAUCAAACAAAGAAACUCUCUUCCUUCCUCACAACCAGAUUUCCUUUCUCUGCCAAUCCCACCUCCACCACCCAAUAUUCAAUCAGAUUUCUUCAAUUUGAACAACAAGGUGAGUCCAAGCAUAUUGCUCAUCAUUAUAAUUCUUGCCAUCAUUUUCUUUGUUUCUGGUUUGCUUCACCUGCUUGUUAGAUUUCUUAUGAGACCCCAAAACAGAGACCCAGAUGAUUUGGAGAGUGUGACUGUUCUUCAAGGACAACUGCAGCAACUCUUCCACCUCCAUGAUGCUGGGGUGGACCAGUCCUUCAUAGACACCCUCCCUGUUUUCAAUUACAAAGCCAUUAUAGGAUUGAAGAACCCAUUUGACUGCGCUGUCUGUCUUUGUGAAUUUGAGCCUGAAGACAAGCUCAGAUUGUUGCCAAAAUGCAGCCAUGCCUUUCACAUGGAGUGCAUAGACACAUGGCUUUUAUCCCACUCCACUUGCCCGCUUUGUAGAGCUAGCUUGCUUCCUGAUUUCUCGCCAAACCACAACUGUUCACCCAUUGUGUUUGUUCUUGAAUCUGGAAGUGAAAGCUCAAGAGAGAUUGUCUCAGAAGCUGCUCUUGGCAGAACCAGUUCUGUUGGAGGGGCAAAUCCCUGUCUGGGUUCUCAACGUUUCAGUGAAUUGGGGUCUACCCGCAUCGAUUUACUACAUAAAUCCUGUGAGUUUGCUGCGAAAGAUGCCAACCCAACAGAAAUGGUGGGUUCAGAGGAAAAAGUAGUGACUGUUAAGCUUGGGAAGUUCAGGAAUGUGGAUGGUGCUGGUGGUGGUGAAGGUAGUAGCAACAACAAAGUGGAUGCAAGAAGGUGCUUCUCCAUGGGGUCAUUUGAGUAUGUAAUGGAUGAGAAUUCUUCAUUGCAAGUACCCAUUAGAACACAAACGAAGAAGCAGACAAGUAAGAAGCCUGGUCUGCCAUUAACGCCAGGCCACAGGGCAGCAAUGUCUGAAUGUGACUGUGAAUCUAGAAGAGAAUUCAAGUUCAAUGCUUUUGAAGCAAUCAGGGAUGUUGAAGCUUGUGAGGGUGCUAGCAUUGGCAAUGGCGAUGCUGUUAGGGGGAACAAGAGAGAGAGCUUCUCUGUAUCAAAGAUUUGGCUCCGAGGGAAGAAGGAGAAGUCGAAUGCUGCCGCUGAUGCAUCGAGGCGUGCGGUUUCAUUCCGGUUUCCGGUGAACCAGGGUGUUGUUGAUGCUGAAGAUUUGAAGGCCAAGAACGGGGAUGGUGGUGGAAGGAGAAGUAUUUCUGAGAUUGACGUUGGGAUAUGGGAGAAUGGAGGGAGUGAAUUGGGUUGUGAUGGGGAAAGGCAGAGCAGUAACAGUUUGGACUCUCAAGCAGCAAAAACACCAUCUUUUGCAAGGCGGACAUUGCUUUGGCUUAUGGGAAAACAGAACAAGGUUGUUCACUCAUCCGAAGCUCCCAGUGUCUAGUUUCUUUCUAUUAUUUCUUUGAUUUUCUUUCUUAGAUUAUUUUCCAAUUUGAUUCCCUAAUUAUGGAAGGAAAGAUUGGAAGAUCUGCAGUAGAGAAUAGAAAGAAAAUAUUUUAAGUGUGAAA